GUACAUGUGUUUGAUGUACCUCCUCUCCUCCCUCGCUCUUGGCCACUGCUUUCUUCCCUUUGCAAGCAUGUGGGACACUAUCCCGCAGAGCUGGAUCCGAACGGACUUGUUCCUGUAUCAUUGCCGAUACCAGAUCGAUUGGCGGAUUGCGAAUGUAAUACCACCUCUAGGAUCAUGAGAAUGACCCCCGGGAAGAUCGACGGUAUCAUCCAAAGACACCGGAGUAGUGCAUGCGGUAGUCACGGAACAUACUCAGAAUUGUGUUCGCCGGUGGCCUCGGACAAUCCUUGGUGCAUGGCAGAACUGAUCGCUUUUGCGAAUGCACGCUUGAGGCAGCGAUAUCUCUCAACCAUUUAG